AAAAAAAGGCGAAAGCGAGCCAAAAAAAAAAAAAAAAAAGAGCAGAGCAAAAAUUUUCUAAAUUUCCCAACUUUUUUGCUUAGUCAAGAAGCUUCUCCUCCGAUGAAAUUUCGAGUUCACUGGAAAGUUUAGUUUUUUCUUCUCCGUUCGCGUUCUACUUUCUCUGUUUGUUCGCAUGAAGCUGCAUUUGGUAGAUUAAUAUUUGGAAACAAUGUUUGGAACUGUGGAAGACUAUGAAGAGAUGCUUCAAGACAGUACUUUUCUUGAGUCAAGAAGUAGAUCACUUUCUUCAACAAAACAAACUGGAAAUCCUGUUGCGUACAAGCUUGUCCGGGUUGCAGGAGAUGGGAGACUAGUUCCUGCAACUGAUGAAGAGAUGUUGGAGGUCAAAGAGUUACUUGAGAAGAAUGAGAAUGAUAUGCCUGUUUUGCCAGAUCCAAUACAGACUGAGGAGUACAUUCCCGACGAAGGUUCACCUUCUCAAUUUCUGCAGCUAGAAUGUUUUGAAGGCUUAUAUGAGCCGGAAACUGCAGAAGCAUAUACAGAAAUUUUUGAUCCGGGCUUAUUUCAGUCAGAAACUGCAGAGGCAUAUACAGAAAAUUUGAAUUCUCGACUUGAGUCUAAAGAAGAAUUGAUAUAUGAAUCUCAGAUGCUUUUUGCUCUUCCGGAGACCAAAUUUCAGAUUUCUAAUGUGCAGGAAGUCCAAUCCGAGGCUUUGCUGCGGGAGCCAGUUCGUUUUCCAUCAAAUGGAUGCAGUAUGCAUCAAUGUAGGGAUGUGUUACCAUACUCAAAUGCUACAGGUAGUCCUAAAGAACCUGCAUUGUCAACUGCUGCGUCUAAACCUGAAGUUUCUAGAGUAGCAGGCGAGAUAUGCUUGGAUAAUCUUUCAAUCAAAUCAUUACAAGAUACAAUCAGAGCAAAGUUUGGUCGUGAAACUACUUGCAAGAGCAAACAAUGGCUGAAAAGGAGGAUCACAAUGGGAAUGAUUGAUUCAUGUAUUGUUCCAACAACUAGCCUGGCAAUUUAUGAUAACAAACUGGUUGGUGGAGGUCAAGAUACAAGUGAUGCUUUUAGCAACGAUACAGUAGAUGAAUCAAGAGCUAUGGAAAGCAAAGAUACGCCAUCUAGGCCUGAUUGCUUAAAGGGACAUUCAAGUGAUCUUGGGCGUAGUCCUGUUGAGACUUUUGUGGACCAUUAUUUUGGGAAUGAAGAUUUUGAAGGUGAAGAUAGGUCUGCGAAAAGAGUUAGGAAGCGUACUAGAAGAUACAUUGAAGAAAUUUCAAAACCCAGUGAAAAACAGCAAAGUGAUGAGUCAAUGAUCCCUUCAAAAGAUCAGAGCUCUAUUGAAGCCGUUUCUUCAGGAGGGAGAGUUGUUGUCACCAGGAUGGUACCCCUUGCUGGUUCCAGAAUUCAGGUUCCCUAUGUUUCUCAUGUAAGGAGAAGCCGUCCAAGAGAAAACAUAAUGGCACUUGGGGAAUUUCAUUCCAAGUCAUGGGAGGUGAAAGCUACUCCAGACAAGAGUAACCUGAAUCUAAGCCCAUCUCAGUGGAACAAUGAUGUGAACCGAGUUUCAGGUGUCAAAUCUGCUUCUGGACCUGUCAAGAAAGAAAGCAGUAAGGGCCAUUUAAAACCAAUUUCUAAUGAGGUGGAUCAAGACUACAUGGAUUCAGAGAACUUAGAUUCAUCUGGAGAGAGCUCAGAUGAUAAUAAUCGCGUUGAUCUACCAAUCACGCAAAGUGGAAUUAGAAGGAAGCAUCAUCGAGCUUGGACUGUCACUGAAGUUGAAAAACUUGUCGAAGGUGUGACGAAAUAUGGAGUAGGGAAAUGGUCUGAGAUCAAAAAGGUUUCAUUUUCAUCAUUCGUGUACCGUACCCCUGUGGAUCUCAAGGACAAAUGGCGAAAUUUACGGAGAGCAUGCUUUUCUCAAACUCCGUCAAACAGGAUGGGAGGUCCAAAUAAACAGGGGUCAAUGGCCAUUCCUACACACAUUAUGUUGCAGGUAAGAGAGCUUGCUCAGAAACAGUCACCGGUUCGCAAGGGUAGUAGAGUAGUAGUGAAGGGAUCAUCAAGAAAUGGUUUCUUGUAGCGUUUCGUUUCGUAUAAAUUGACUGGCCUGGAUGUGAGAUUAACUCUGCUCUUUUAGUUUGGAUUUUGUAGACUUAAAGGUAGCUUUUGUGAUUUAAACCGGAUUACUAACUGGUGUUAUUGGAAUUGAUAUGAGAUGGUUGGUUCCUUUA